AUGAAGAGGCGCCCGCUGCCGGACGCACGACACGGUAGGAGAUACACAUCCAGAUGGCCGCCGGCGCGGACGGAGGCGCGGCCCUCUCCGAGUGCUGGGCACAGAAACUCUUCGAGGCGCGGCCCUCUUCGAGUGCUGGGCGCGGCCCUCUUCGAGGCGCGGCCCUCUUCGAGUGCUUGCGCGACCUCCACGGCCGACGGCCCCACUCAGGCAGACGCACCGUGCCCGCGCGGCGCGGCCUCCGUGCACCCUCAAGAGCUUCGUGGCCCGCCGCCGCUGCGGGCCCGCGCGGACUGCCACCUCCCUGCCGAUCACCCGGGCGCGGGUCGCCGCAGCUCGGCGGGGAGGCGGCUCCGUCGCCCGAGGCUCGCCGCCUCCGUCCACCGAGCCGAAGGCCACCCGGAGCCGGCGAGGGUCGCCGAGCCGCGGCGGGCCCGCCCUCGGCGCUCGCAGCUCUCUCACGCGUGCCGAUCCCAGCGCUGCCACGAGUCGAAGACCGCCCAGAACCAGCGACGGUCGCCGAGCCGCGGCAGGCCCGCUCUCGGUGCUCGCAGCUCUCUCACGCGUGCCGAUCCCAGCACCGUCGUCGACCGGAGGAGGCCCAUGCGACGGCAUCCGGAGCGGCUUCCUGCGCGGUGGGGUGCCGCUGCCGAGUGUCCGUCCACGUAG